AUGAACCCGGCAGCUCCCAACGAGACAGAGCUCCAAUCCACUCAACCACCCGCUCGAAACCCCAGUCAAGAAACAAUUCAGAUUCAUCCCACCUCGCCCAGAGUCCUCCAAAACGAAGAAAAACAACCUUUAACCAAAGCAGAAAAACGAGCAAUAUGGAGAUACCGUGCCAAACUCCUAGUCGGCCUGAUAUUCCCAUUCUUCCUUGACUCCAUGGACACCACAAUAAUCGCGACAGCCCUGCCACAUAUCGCAACGUCCUUCAACCAGCUCACCCAGCAGUCGUGGAUAGUAACAUCUUUCACACUAACCUCCACCGCAUUCAUUCCGGCUUUUGGUCAGCUCAGCGAUGUCUUUGGCCGGCAUGCCACGCUACAGUUCGUCAUCUUUUUAAUGCUGGUAGGGAGCGCACUUUGUGCUGGAGCUCAGAGUUUUGAGAUGCUGCUUGUGGGCAGGGCUAUCACGGGGGUGAGUUCGGCGGGGUUGUUGGUUAUGAUGACGGUGAUUUUGUCGGACAAGGUUAGUUUAAAGGAUAAUGCAUUGCAGAAUACUCUGUUUUCUCUGGUCGCUGGGGCUAGUUAUUCCGUUGGGCCAGUUAUUGGGGGGUGGGUAAAUUGGCGCUGGUGUUUCGGCCUUUCAAUACCAAUCUGCCUCCUAGCACACAUUGCCGUGCUUUUUGUCCUGAAGCCAGAACUUGUCAAAGCCCAACGCCACACUGAUCCGGAAACCGGCGAGGAGUUAUCAAAGCGAACGUUUACGCAGAAAAUCUCAGUGAUAGACUGGCCAGGAUUAGCCCUCUUCCUAGUCUCUUGUAUUUCGAUCAUCCUUGCUUUAACAUGGGGUGGGGCAACAUACCCUUGGGACUCUCCACAGGUCAUUGUCCUAUUAGUGGUAGGUGGGAUGUUGUUCCUGGUGUUUGUCUGGGUAGAGUACUCGAUGGAGCCGGGGAGGUGGUUGGAGAAGAAGGUACGGGUACCUGGGAAGCAGGCGAUGAUCCCGGCCCAUCUGUUUUAUGAGAAGGAUAUUGUCAUUUUGGCUUUUUUGAAUUUUGCGGGGGGCGCUGCCCUAUUCGCAAUGUUCUACUUCAUAAGUGUCUACUUUGCCAUUGUCGAGCAGUAUUCCGCUAGCAAAGCUGGCUUGCAAUUACUCUUUUACCUCCCGGGCAUAGGUGCGGGUGCCUACUCGGCAAUGUACCUCUGCAACAUCAACCCCCGCACCACCUUCCCACCUCUCCUUCUCGGGCACCUCGCCCUCCCAAUCUCCAUUGGGAUCCUAACCCCUGCCCUAAAAUCCCGCAAUAAAUCCCUAAUAUACGGCAUGAUGGCACUCAGCGGCUUCGGAAAUGGAAUCGCCUCCAUGCCCGUCCCGCUCCACGCGAUCGCUAAGAAGCCAGCACACCUCGCCGUUAUCGUCGGAACAAUACAGUUCUUUGAGCCGUUUGGAGGAACGGUGGCAAUGGCCGUAAUGGGCUCCGUGUUGAAUAACAAGCUUGGUCCAUUCGGGGCUGAGUUUUCGAGGGGGGGCGCGGGCGGUGGGGUGAAUGCCGGAUUGGCGUUCGGGGAAGAGGUGAAGGAGGCUGUGAAGGAGGGGGUUGGGUGGGCGUUCCUAGCGAUAUUACCGCUUGUUGCAGUGGCGGCGGUGGUAGUGUUGUUUCUUGGGGAUGUUAGAAUUGAUGAAGGGGUAGUGGUGGAGGAGAUGGUUAGCGGAAGGGGGAGGAGGUGGGGGGUCAAGGUUUAUUAUGAGUCUACUCGAGUAAUGGUUGGGUUAAGGUGCAUUGCCGACUAG